UCAAGUGGGAGGCGCGGGACAUGAAUCUGCCCCUACCACAGGCCCAUGCACUUAACUCUCAAAAAACCCAAAAUGGCUGGUGAAACAGCCAUUACCUUAUAAGCCUGAAGAGUUGUUCCGCCCUAGUGAUGACUCGGGUGUACGAAUUCCUUCAGGCUUAUCUACAGCGUGCCAAGGUUGGAUCAUACAAUCUUGGCAAGUCAUCCAGGAUGAGAGUAUGAUAUAUACCUCAUUCAGGAACCCAAUUGUGGAAUAAUUAAUCAAGGAGCACUUCUGCCUCCUCUGCGGGUCAAGUGGGGGGCGCGGGACAUGAAUCUGCCCCUACCACAGGCCCAUGCACUUAACUCUCAAAAAACCCAAAAUGGCUGGUGAAACAGCCAUUACCUUAUAAGCCUGAAGAGUUGUUCCGCCCUAGUGAUGACUCGGGUGUACGAAUUCCUUCAGGCUUAUCUACAGCGUGCCAAGGUUGGAUCAUACAAUCUUGGCAAGUCAUCCAGGAUGAGAGUAUGAUAUAUACCUCAUUCAGGAACCCAAUUGUGGAAUAAUUAAUCAAGGAGCACUUCUGCCUCCUCUGCGGGUCAAGUGGGGGGCGCGGGACAUGAAUCUGCCCCUACCACAGGCCCAUGCACUUAACUCUCAAAAAACCCAAAAUGGCUGGUGAAACAGCCAUUACCUUAUAAGCCUGAAGAGUUGUUCCGCCCUAGUGAUGACUCGGGUGUACGAAUUCCUUCAGGCUUAUCUACAGCGUGCCAAGGUUGGAUCAUACAAUCUUGGCAAGUCAUCCAGGAUGAGAGUAUGAUAUAUACCUCAUUCAGGAACCCAAUUGUGGAAUAAUUAAUCAAGGAGCACUUCUGCCUCCUCUGCGGGUCAAGUGGGGGGCGCGGGACAUGAAUCUGCCCCUACCACAGGCCCAUGCACUUAACUCUAAAAAAACCCAAAAUGGCUGGUGAAACAGCCAUUACCUUAUAAGCCUGAAGAGUUGUUCGGCCCUAGUGAUGACUCGGGUGUACGAAUUCCUUCAGGCUUAUCUACAUCUUGCCAAGGUUGGAUCAUACAAUCUUGGCAAGUCAUCCAGGAUGAGAGUAUGAUAUAUACCUCAUUCAGGAACCCAAUUGAGGAAUAAUUAAUUAAGCAAUUAAGGAGCCUACCUGGCAAGGUUUCUGCUACAGAAAUGAUAGUUCAAGCCUGGUGAACCUUCCCAUGGGUACAGGCAACCAAGAAGUUGAACUCAUUUUGCAAAUUUCCAUCAUAAAACAUGUAGGAGCAAGGAUCUCAAUGAAAAAGAUAAUGUGAAACUUUUCAAGAAAAUUUCCGAAAAUACCCUUCGUGCAAAAAUUGUUCAGAUGGCGAAUGAUUUGUCUUCUCAAAGAGAUUUGGCAUUACAUCAGAGAAUGGCAUUGGUCAUGGAUGGAGAUUGUGAAAAUUCUCGACAAUACGUGGAAGUUUUAAGCCAGCAAGGAUUUUUCUAUGAGAAAUACUUCUGGCUAAUUACAGUGCAAGACGUCGAAAGACUCGAAAAUUUGUUUCAAACUUCAAGCAUUUUCGUCAACGCAGAUAUUUUGUCAGUGACAGAGUGUAGCGAGGAUAUUGAGCAAUGUGUAUUCGAAAUUUAUAACCCUUCCAACAGACACGGAGGAUCACUGAAAAUAAGUAAAAUAGGAUCGUACGAUCCUGAGAUGGGUUUCAAUAUCUCCGUUGGUAGAGAAAAAUACUGGCGACGAAGAAAUAUGACUGGUCUCACCUUCAAAUCUGCCAUAGUGACGCCCAAACCCGUAGAUGACCUGGAUGCAUAUCUGGCGAAUGAGAAAAACAGACAAAUUAAUUCGAUGCAUAGAUUUCAGAGCGUCACAAUACGGCAUUGCAGGGAUUUCUACAAUUUUUCAAUCAUCAUGCAGCGUACCAAUUCUUGGGGUUACAAGCAAGCCAAUGGAAAAUUCGAUGGACUAGUGAGUCUACUAGAAAAUAAUUUAAUAGACUUUGGAAGUUCUCCGUUACUUUUCAAAGAGGAUCGUUUGCCCUUCGUGGAUUAUAGUUAUGGAAAUUGGAAACUCAGAUCUGCCUUCAUUUUCAAAAAACCCAAAAGAGUGGCUGACUCUUAUAAUAUAUUCUUGCGACCUUUGGAUACCAAAGUUUGGAUUCUGAUUUUGAUAUUUAUGGGAAUUAUCCUGAUCAAUCUGAAGAUCUCAUUUGGAAUGGGAUCGGUCAUUUCUUCCCAUGAAUCUAGAGUGGAUUCGAGUUGGAGCAUGUUGGUACUUUUUAUCAUCGGGGCGUUUUGUCAGCAAGGUGCGACAUGCUUUCCCCUUUCUUUGAGUUCGAGAAUAUUAUCUAUUUUCGUUUUCAUUUUCUGUAUUUUGAUAUACCAGUUCUAUUCGGCAAGUAUCGUUUCUUAUAUCCUUUUGGAUCCACCCAGCUCUAUAACUAAUCUGCAGGACCUCCUGGAUAGUAACUUAGAGGCUGGAAUAGAGGAUAUUCUCAUCGAUAGAAAUUAUUUUGUGCAAACCAAAGACCCAGUGGCAAUCCAACUUUACAAUAAAAAAGUCAACAAGUUGAUGGCCAACAACGACACUGGUUUUUAUGAACCGUCCCUUGGGUUAGCCUUGGUAAAAGAAGGUGGUUUUGCAUUUCACGUGGAAACCAGUACCGCAUAUCCCAUCAUACAGAACGCAUUUUCUAAUCAGGAUAUUUGCGACUUGGAGGAAAUUCAGAUGUAUCGUACUCAACCAAUGCAUACGAACUUGCCAAAGUACUCGCCUUUCAAGGAAAUGCUAUCUUAUUGCAUGUUGAGACUAGUCGAAGAUGGGAUCUUGUUUCGACUGAGGCGUUUUUGGGAUGCCAACAAGCCUGAAUGUAUUGAAACUGCAAAGAAAAUUGAAAUUCGGGUUUCAUUCAAAGAAUUCUCGUUUGGUAUCAUUAUUUUCACAACAGGAUUCUCGAUUGCCUUAGCGAUUUUAUUGAUGGAAUAUUUAUAUUUCAACAGAUAUAGAAUUGGAGAAAAAAUUAAGGGAAUGAAAAUGAAGAAAUUGUUUCUCAAAAAAAAUUCCUCUUGAAAUUAUAGACACAUAUGUAGUGAGUAAAUUGCAUUAUAUUUGUAAUGUUAAAAUCAAGAAGUUUAAAAUCAGAGGGUUUCAACGGAAAUCAUCUUGAAUUUAUCACUCUGUGAAUGAAAUAAUCAGCAGUCACUAGAUUUGAAUAUAAUUUUUUUCUGACUAUAUAACUGAAUUGAAGAUAACAGAUAAUUAAUUUAUAGCUAUCCAUACAAUUCAUUCUAAGUAGGUUCUCUUUCAUACUUGAUUUUGUGUUAUAUUUU